CUUACUUCUUACUUCUUCAUAUAUAUAUUCUUAUAUUCUCCUAUUCUCUAAUUCCUCCCCUGGCUGCCUCCCAUGCCCCCCGUCGGUGCCGCCCUUUGGCGUUCCCUGCGCGCCCACCAGGUCUACGGUGCCAACACCGACGUCGGCAAGACCAUUGUAUCCACCGUUCUCUGCAAUGCCAUCCAGCGCCUCAACUCUCAAUCGCCCGCGGCGUUCUUGAAACCCGUAUCAACCGGUCCCUUAGAUGAUGCGGAUGAUCGACACAUCCGGCGCUACGCCCCGGGCACGCUGACCAAGUGUCUGUACCAAUUCGACGAGCCCGUCAGCCCACACAUUGCGGCGAAGCAGAAGCAACUGACGAUUCCGCGGGAUGAUGAUAUCAUCACCUCCGUCCAUCAGACCCUCUCCGACUGGGCAGCAAAGGGCAUUGAUUUUGCCCUUGUUGAAACAGCAGGCGGCGUGCACUCGCCGGGCCCCAAUGGCAAUUCCCAGGCCGAUUU